AUGCGACGAGCUGCGACGGGGGCCCUGGCGUCGAAAAUCGCACAGCCGCAGCAGGCGGCGAAGAACCUCGUGAAGGUUUUCGCCAAGGCGAAGGGCGGCGUGGGGAAGCGCAUUGCGCGCGCGCAGACGGCUGUCCGCGCGCGCACGGGGAUUGGGCGGCGGGGCGGAGCGCAGGACGGGGACGGGGGGGAGGAGGAGGAGGAGGAUGAGGAGGAUGACGACGACGACGAUGAGUCGGAGGCCGAAGACUCGGACGCCGAGGGCGGCGCGGGGUCGUCCGAUGACGAAGAGAAACCCAAGGAGGGUCCCACCAAGGGAGGGAAAUUUCUGCGCAGCUUGCCGUCGCGGCGCAUUUCGAUCUAUAACGCGGAUGGCUUCAUGAUGGACGAUGAGGAUGCGUCGGAGUGGAGCAUGGUCAACGAGGACGUGUUGGUGCGCAAGGUGCGGGAGCUGAGGGAGCUGAGGGGCGACUUUGCGUCCGCCACCAACGCGCCAGCCACCAAGUCCGCUCUAGAGGGGCUCGGCCUCUCUGAACUCAACGACCCGCUUGGCUACGGCCCGCUGAACCGUGUGAAGGUGUGUCUCGCUAUCAACGCCUCUACCAUCCCCGUUCCUGACGACCGCAGCAUGGCCGAGAAGAUCAUUGUAUUCGGUCCCAAGUUCAGCCCGUCCUUCUACCUGGGGCGGGUGCACGACGACACAUCCCUGGACGAGCUGAGGGCGGGCCUGGGGACGCUGGGAGCGGACAUGGAGAACCAGCAGCAGCAGCUCAAGACGCUCGUCAAAGAGAACUUUGACUCCUUCGUCUCUUGCAAAUCCACCAUCGAAGACAUAGAGAAGAAGGUGCGGGAGAUGGAGCGGCGCAGUGACAGCGGCACGGAGGAGAUUCUGGUGGCCAUCGGCAACGUGCACGACAUGGCUCAGGCUGCCUUCGGCCCGCUGCUCGACCGCCAGAAGCAAGUGGACCGCAUUCGGUCGGUGCAGGGGCUGCUGCUGCGCUUCCGCACGCUCUUCAACCUGCCAGCUGUCAUGCGUGGAUUCGUCCAGCACGGCGAGUACGACCGCGCCGUGCACGAGUACCUCAAGGCCAAGUCCAUCUCGCUGCCCGCGCACUCCAACAUCCUGCGGCGGGUGAUGGCGGAGGUGCACAAGGUGGUGGCGGAGUUUCACGAGGUGCUCUUUGCCAAGAUGGACGACCCCAACGCCGAUCAGGCGCAGGUGGAGAAUGCAAUCCGCUUGCUGCUGGAGCUGGAGCCGGACAGCGACCCCAUCUGGCACCACGUGACCAUGCAGGACCGGCGCAUCCGAGGGCUGCUGGAGGCGUGCGUGCAGCAGCAUGAGAGCCGCGUUGCCGCGCUCAAGAAGGAGCAGCACGAGAAAAGGGAGGCCGAGGCACGGUGGCGACAGAUCCAGCAGGAGUCCAAUGCGGGGGAGGACGUGGAUCUCUCCCUAUUGCUGGGCCAGCCAGCGGCAGACGACUCAUCGGACGGGCUGAUGGACGGGGAGGCGUUUGACGAGGCACACACGCGGCUGAUCGUGCGCCUGACGGCCAUCCUGCAGCAGCACGUGCCGCGCUUCUGGCGCCUCACGCGCUCCAUCUUCUCGGGGAAGUUUGCCAGCUUCGCCACCUCCAAGGAUGGCACUGGCACGGGUGCGGGGCAUGCGCGGGGCCAGGGCGGGCACUGGCGGGGGCGGGGGGGAGAGGAGGGGGGGCGAUACACAAAGCACUCAGAGGACGAGGUGCUGCUGAUGGUGCUGGGCAUCAUGGGCGUGUAUGAGAGCAAGGUGCAAGCGGCCUUCACACAGCUGGAGGCAGCGAGCUCACUGAGGCCGCACAUGCGCAGGGCAGUGGAGCAGGUGGCUCAUGCCUGUGCUGCUCUUGCUGUCAGCGACAACGCCCCUCCACAAGCAGUGCAAGCACUUCACCAGCUACGGGUGGAGAUCACGUCGCGCUUUGUGAGCCGGGUGUGUCUGCUCACGAGGGGCAUCUCAGCAGAGCUCGUAGCGGACGAGGACUGGCGCCCUGUGCCCUCCACGCUGCGCAUGGGCUCGCCCUUCGCCAUCUCCUCCUUCCCCCUGCGCCUCCGAGACCGGCUGGCGAACGCGUUCGAGCAUGUCACCGCUGUGCUGACGGAUAUGGCAGAAGAGGAGGAGCUGAUCCCACCCAGUGCGAGGCAGCUGCCGGGGUUCCCAACAGCGGAUGAGGUGGAGGAGGCCAUUCGCCUCAUUGUGGUGCAAUGUGGUAAUGUGCGGCUGCUGCCGGGGUUCCCAACAACGGAUGAGGUGGAGGAGGCCAUUCGCCUCAUGUACGACUCUGUCAAAACCACCUUUGCUCAAGCCUUCCAAGACGCCUGCG